CGCAGUGUAGUUCAGGGGAGUUAACUGUAAAAAUACUUCCGCGAGUGUUGAAAAAGUUGUUGUCUCAAUAAGACUAUGAUAAUUACUGAAAUUGAGAAGGAAAUUGGAACCUUAUAACAAAAUAUGUAAGAUUCUAGAUUCAUAAAAUGCAUAUGAACAACGGUGGAAGAGAAAAAACGUAGAGGAUAUUGCCGAUGCUACGAAAAGGAAAGCUUGUUUACAAUUUCUAUACUGUUCGAAAAAGAUAUAGACUCAAACAGCUGUAUGAAUAUGUUGACUUAUCAGUGAUAAAACCUUCGACCUACAAAAGAUAGCAAAGUCGGGUGAACCACAAUUUGGAUUAAGAUAAGUGGAUACAGUGCAGUCGCCAAGGAAGAUGAAAGCUCAUUAUAUUUUAGAAUUUUUGACGUUUGUCUCAAUCGUGCUGGCUUUUGAUUCUCCGUGCAUUCCGCGUAAAUUCGAUCAAGAUUCGAUCGUAUGUGUGUGCAACUCUACGUAUUGUGACACAUUUGAGAAUAUUGAACCUAGUCGGCCAGGACCGGCUAAUCCUAUACCAUACUAUGAUGCAGUUGUUACAACAAGAUCUGGACUUCGAAUGGAAAGGCGAUCAGGAAGCUUUGGGACAACCAUUCUUACAGAAAAUAUUUUCAAAGUUGGAAACACAACCGAACAGAUGAUUAAUGGUUUCGGCGGAGCUUUCACUGAUGCAGCCACUAUCACUAUGAAUAGCUUGUCAGGGGGUGCAAGGCAAAAUCUUUUAGCCACAUAUUUUUCGUCAGGGGGUAUUGAAUACACUAUGGGUCGUAUUCCUAUGGCAAGUUGUGAUUUUUCAAAGCGUAUUUACUCGUAUGAUGACACUAAAGAUGAUUUGACGCUUUCGAAUUUCUCUCUGGCCGAAGAAGAUGUAUUAUUUAAGAUUCCAGCUAUCAAGAACGCUCUUAAGUUUAGCAAAAGGAAUAUUUCCUUUUUUGGAAGUCCCUGGAGUUCACCGUACUGGAUGAAAACUAACAAUAACAUGACUGGUAAGGGUACAAUUAAAGGUUUACCCGGUGGACCAUACUUCAAGGCAUGGGCAAACUACUUCGUGAAAUUUUUGCAAGCUUAUAAAAAACAUGGAAUAGAUAUUUGGGGAUUGACGGCACAAAAUGAACCAUCUGAUGGUCUUAUCACAGGAUUUUCAUUUCAAUGCUUAGGCUGGACACCGGAACUACAACGAGACUUUAUUGCAAAAGAUCUUGGUCCAGCUCUUGAGCAGAAUGGAUUUGGUCACGUGAAGUUGAUGAUACUUGAUGACCAGCGAAUAUUCUUACCGUAUUGGCCGGAAGUUGUGUUAAAAGAUCCGAAUGCUGCAAAAUAUGUUUCAGGAAUAGCUAUCCACUGGUAUGAAGAUUUGAUAAUUCCAACAACAGCCCUGGACCUUACCUACAAGAAGUUCGGAAAAGAUUACUUUAUAUUGAAUACAGAGGCUUGUGAACAAGAUUUAAUAAAUAAAAACAAAUCUGUCCUACUGGGGAGUUGGUACCGCGGUGAGCACUACUUCUAUGACAUUAUGCAAGACUUAAAACAUGGCGUAACAGGCUGGGUUGAUUGGAAUAUGGCAUUGAAUAUGCAAGGUGGACCUAACUGGGAGAAUAAUAGAGCCGAUAGUCCGAUCAUAGUAAAUGCCGAGAAAGAUGAAUUUUAUAAACAACCGAUGUUCUAUGCAAUGGGACAUUUCAGCAAAUUUGUAGAACCGGGUAUGAAAUUGCUUCACCACGAGGCAAAUGUGACUGAAGGUUCGGGUGUGGAGGCGUUAUUCUUUAUCCGAGAUGAUCGUUUUGUCGUUGCAAACUUUCUGAAUAUAAAUGAGGAAGAGAUGAAUAUUACUGUCAGUGACCCGUUGACUGCUAUGAACAAUUUUAAUUUUGAAAUACCACCGAAAAGUUUCGUAACAUUCCGCUGGUGGAGGUCUUGAGAUUUUUCAGUCAGCACCAAAAUGUAACAAUAUUAUAAUAAAUUAUGUGAUAAUAACCACGUCUCUCAUCCAUUUGCUCAACUUUAAUGUAAUUAUUUGGGAUUAGAUAUGUGCAGAGCAGGAAUGUAACAUGCCAUGUCGUUUUUUUUCAGGCUAUAACAUUGCCUUGAAAUGUCUUUUAGCAAACGUGCUGUAAAACGUCUUUUAGUUAACGUACAUGUAUGUAUUUAAUUAAUUUAAAACCAGAAAGUUAAUUUUUUGAAUUAGUAUAUUGUUAAUCUGGUUAAUAUUUUUGUUGCACCAUAAAGAUAAAUAAAUAUUUUCAAACUUAG